AAUCUCCCAAAUCGAUGUUCAUCCUGCCAUGCAUUAGCAGGCUAAAUGCGUGUUAGCGUGCAGUAAGCUCCAACAAACAACUGACAAAUCUCUCGGCUUCGUUUUGUUAUGCAGCGGAAGCAGCCGCCCAUGGCCACACGGCCGUCGCCGCGGUCGAGCGACGGCACGCGCCCAAGAAGCAAGAGCGGGGCCGGCAGGCCACCGUCGAGCCCGCGCAGCUCCGACCCGUCGCGCCCGUCCACGGGCCGCUCGGCUGCGGCUUCCGACAAGCCGUUGCCGUCGUUCCUCCGCCCCACCGUGAGCUCGUCGCUGCACAGCUCCUCGUCCUCUUCUUCCUUGGUGUCGCCCUCCUCCUCCUCCUCCAGCUCCAAGGGCGCCGCCGCCACGGCGAGGCGGUCCGCCGACAAGGCCCCGGCGCAGCCGCUGGGCGCGCUGCGGCCGAUCACUCCCAAGGACAAGGCCAAGGCGCCCGCGGCGGCAUCGGCGUCGUCAUCCACGACGCGAUGGUCCGCGGUGUCGCCUAGGCAGCUGAUGCAGAAGGCGUCCAACGCCCUCAGAGCCACCAGCAAGUCCCACGGCAAGAAAAGCAAGGAGGCGGCGGCGUCCGGCAAGGGCGGAGCCAAAGGCGAGGCGGCGAGAGCACGGUCCCAGCAGCCUGAGACGCCCGCCGAGCCGUCGCCGGCCGUGACCCCCGUGGACUCGGAGGAGCCUAUCCUGUACGAGCCUGAAGGUGGUGUUCAAGAUGAAGAGCACGUAGCGACGUCGUCGCGGGAGGCUGUCAGUACUGACAUCGCCACCGUGGAGGAGAGAGAUCACGAAGAGCAGGCCGUCGAGGUGGAGAAGACCAUACUGGAGGAGCCUGAGGCUGUGAAGGAAGCGCCGCCGGAGCCGCAGCUGCAAGAAGAGAAGCCGCAAAGCAGUGCGGUUGCGGAGACAGAGGCGGAGUCCCAGAAGAAUGCAGAGGAUGAGUCGCCGGCCGUCGUCGUAGAAGAAGCCGCGGUGAAGGAGGCAGCAACACCGGUGGGACAAGACGAGCCGGCCACCAGCACAGUGGCAGAGAAGGUCGUCGAAGAGACGAAGGCCGAGGAGAGGCAACAGGAAGAUGCUCUGAAACCAGAAGAGAUCACAGAGAACUCUGAAACGAGCGUGAUCUCUGAUGAACAAUCAAACGAAGAAAGAAAUGUGAUAUCUGAAGAACUGUCAAAGGAAGGAAGCAGCAUGAUCUCUGAAGAACGGCCAAAGGAAGCAAGCAGCUUAAUCUCUGAAGAACUCAAGGAGGAACCGAGCGUGAUCUCUGAAGAACAAGAGGAAGCAAAUCCUGCGCCUAUCCAGAAGCACGAGGAGGUGGCCGAGGAGGCUGAAGUGGCUGCUGGAUCGAGCGCGUCAGCCCCGACAACGCCACUGAAAGAAGCAGCUGACGACGACGGCGACGAGGAGGCAGUGGCCAAACAGGUGAGCGCUUCGGAGCCCGUAACGCCGGUUGCAGAAGCCAUCAGCAAGAGCAAGGCGGUGAUCGAGACGCAGCAGAGCGCAUCGGCGCCAGUGACGCCGGUGAACGCCGCCAAGAAGAGCGGCCCAUCAAAGCCGCAGGCGACGAUCCCCGAGGAGUCCGCGGCGAUGGCGUUCAAGGGGCGCAAGGUGAAGACGGCCAUGGAGAAGCGGUCGGACGAGGAGCAGCCCAAGAAGAAGGAGGUGGCGCGGAGCAAUGACGUGCUCGAGGAGGCCAAGAGCAAGCUGAUGGAGAAGAGGAAGAGCAAGGUGAAGGCGCUGGUGGGCGCGUUCGAGACCGUCAUGGACAGCCCCCGGGCAAGUUGAGCUGAUCAAAAUUUGGAGGGAAUGUUGAGUGGUGAUGUCAGAUGUGUGGUUUGAAUUUUGAUGGGGUGUUCUGAUAGUUUGCUUUCUUGUUUGUUGAUCGUUGCUUCUUGUGCUCACGUAAACAGAUGGAGAUGUGUUAUUGCUGAUUUGUUUAUUUUCUUGAUGGACCUGUUAUUUAUAAGGAGAGAAUGGCAGUUUAUAUGUGGCUUUGUUUGAUGCAAUGUAAGGUUUCCAUGUAUCAUGUAUGUGAUGUAGCGCUACCAGGGUACGUUUAGCUUUUCCCUUGACAUACAG